CUUCGACGAAUCAACCCAUCACCCCAUCACUGCAUCUGCCACUCCGAUCACCACCCACCACCACCACCACCACCACCAAUGGAUUCCCCUUCUUGGACCGCCUAUGCGGCUGCGUGGCUAGCGACCCUAGCCCUCCUCCUCCUCUCCCGCCGCCUCCGCCGCCGCCGCUACAACCUCCCCCCAGGGCCAAAACCUUGGCCCAUCAUCGGGAACCUCAACCUCAUCGGCUCCCUCCCGCACCGAUCCCUCCACGAGCUCACCAAGACCUAUGGCCCGCUCAUGCAGGUCCAGUUCGGAUCCUUCCCCGUCGUCGUGGGUUCCUCGGUCGAGAUGGCCAGGGCCUUCCUUAAGACCCACGACGUCACCUUCUCUGGCCGGCCCAAGACCGCCGCCGGCAAGUACACCACCUACAACUACUCCGACAUCACGUGGUCGCCCUACGGCCCGUACUGGCGCCAGGCCCGGAAGUUGUGCAUCAUGGAGCUCUUCAGCGCGAAGCGCCUCGAGUCCUAUGAGUACAUUCGGACGGAAGAGCUAAUGUCCCUCCUCGGGAGCCUGUACGUCUCCAGGGGCGCGCAACUCACGUUGAAGGACCACCUGACCGACCUGAGCCUCAACGUGAUAAGCCGCAUGGUCCUGGGGAAGAAGUACACCGAGGAGACCGAGAACUCCAUCGUCAAGCCGGACGAGUUCAAGAAGAUGCUCGACGAGCUGUUCCUGUUGAACGGCGCGCUGAACAUCGGGGACUCCAUCCCGUGGCUCGACUUCCUGGACCUCCAGGGCUACAUCAAGAGGAUGAAGGCUCUGAGCAAGAAGUUCGACCGGUUCUUAGAGCACGUCCUGGAUGAGCACGAUGAGAGGCGGCGCGGGGUCCCCAACUACGUCGCCAAGGACAUGGUAGAUGUGCUCUUGCAGUUCGCCGACGAUCCGAAUCUCGAUGUCAAGCUCGAGAGGAAAGGAGUCAAAGGGUUCACUCAGGACCUGAUCGCGGGUGGGACCGAGAGCUCGGCCGUGACGGUGGAGUGGGCGAUCUCGGAGCUCCUGAAGAGGCCGGAGAUCUUCAAGAAGGCCACCGAGGAGCUGGACAGGGUGAUCGGGAGAGACAGGUGGGUGAGCGAGAAGGACAUUGCGAACCUGCCCUACAUCGACGCCAUUGCCAAGGAGACCAUGAGGCUCCACCCGGUGGCGCCGAUGCUCGUGCCCCGGAUGGCAAGGGAGGACUGCAAUAUCAACGGCUACGAUAUCCCCAAGGGCACCCGGAUCCUCGUCCUUGUGUGGACCAUUGGGAGGGACCCCAAGAUCUGGGACGCCCCGGAAGAGUUCCGGCCGGAGAGGUUCCUCGAGCACGACUUCGAUGUAAAGGGCCAGAGCUUCGAGCUCCUGCCGUUCGGGUCCGGGAGGAGGAUGUGCCCGGGGUACAGCCUGGGGCUCAAGGUGAUUCAGGCGAGCCUGGCCAAUCUGUUGCAUGGCUUCAACUGGAAGUUGCCGGAGGGGAUGAGCAAUGAGGACUUGGACAUGGAGGAGAUCUUCGGGCUCUCGACGCCGAAGAAGAUCCCGCUCGUUGCCGUAGCCGAGCCGAGGUUGCCGGAACAUAUGUACUCCAUAUGAAUUUGUGCGCCGGUGUUGUUUUUGUGUUCUCUAGUGUUGUUGUCGUUUGCCUUGUCCGUACCUUAACGAGGGAAAACUUAGUGAUGUUAAGAUCUCGCCUUGGAUCAUGCUGUAACUCCCAAGUAAUUAAGCAUCAAGAAAAGCUAAUAAGAUCUGCUCUUUGAUGUUGCAAUCAUGUAGCUGUUAA